AUGACUACGUCCCUAAAAAUUGAGGGGCAUUCUGAAAAAGCCAAAAAGUUAGUGAUGUUUCCAUUUACACUAUCAGAGGAUGCUGAAGAGUGGUUCUACUCUUUACCUGCUGGGAGCAUUACUACUUGGCAGCAAAUGGAGACUACUUUCCUCAACGAGUAUUUUCCCGCUUCUGUGUACAUCCGCAAGAGGUACGGCAUAGUUAAUUUUAAACAGAAGGAAGGGGAGUCACUUGGGGACGCUUAUAAAAGGUACAAAAGAUUGUUGGUUGCGUGUCCUACACACAAUAUGGAUGCAACUGAACAAAUGCAAAAUUUCGUGAAUGGCCUAAGAAUUAAGACUAAGCAACUCAUCGACACAGCUGCUGGUGGCUCAACAAAUUUUACAACAGCCACUGGUAUUAAGAAGAUUAUAGAAGCCAUUGCUGCAAAUGAACACUUGGAGUUAUAUGACCGUAGUGUGAGCCAACCAGAAGGAAUCAUCGAUCUGAAGUUGGCAAAUCAAGUGGUUAAGAUGGAGGAUCAAAUUACAGCUGAAGUAGAAAGAAGACUAAAGAAGAUAGCCCUGGAUACUCAAACGGUAGCACAGGUUCAACCUGUUCAACCGAUUCAAGCAGUGAAUUGUGAAAUUUGUGGGGGACCUCAUUUUGCUAUACAUUGUGUUGCAACCGCACAACAAGUAGAAGAGAUCAAUUUUCUGAAGCAAAAUAAUCCUUACUCAAAUACUUACAAUCCGGGAUGGAAAAAUCACCCGAAUUUUUCUUGGAAAGAUCAACAAGGGAAUGACCAAAAGCAAGGGAUCGUACCAUACCAACCUCAGCAACAACAGUAUCGGCCACCACAGCAGCAACCAUAUCAACAACCUCCACAACAACAAUUCCAACAACAGAUGAGUCAGAUAGCACAACAACUCGCCAAUGCUCAACCACAAGGUGCCUUACCAAGUGCAACUGUUACAAACCCAAGGGAGCAUCAGAAUGUGAAUGUCAUCUCAACAAGAAGUCAGAGGAGAUCAAAACCAGAAGAAAAAAAUGAAAUCGAGUAUGAUGAUAUCAUCGAAGUAGAUAUUGAAGUGCAUGAAAAUAAGAAAGUGCCAGAGGAGGUGAUACAACCUGUGAAGCCAACUGAAGAGAGAAGGAAAAAAGAGCCGACACCAUUGAUUAAGUUGCCGUAUCCUUCUCGAGUAGCAAAGAAGGACCAAAAAGAGAAAGACUUGGAGAAGUUUGCCACAUACUUCAAAAAGUUAGAGAUCAAUAUUCCAUUCUUUGAUGCACUCGAGAAGAUGCCAAUGUACAGGAAAUUCAUGAAGGAAGUGAUAUCUAAAAAGAAACCAACAAGGGGUGAAGGGGUAGUUAAGAAGGAGAAAUGUUGUGCAAUCUCACCAGAGAAGAGAAUACCAAUCAAGCAGAAAGAUCCUGGAUCAGUUGCAAUACCAUGCACGAUAAAAAACAGAACUUUCAUGAAGGUUCUAAUUGAUUCGGGUGCUAGUGUGAGCUUAAUGCCAUUAUCUAUCUUCAAAAAGCUCGUUGAUUUUGAAAUAAUGGAUAUCCCUGAAGAUGAAGAGACCCCUAUUAUUCUGGGUCGACCUUUCUUGCGCACUAGUCGGUGCAAUUUCGAUAUUGAAAAAGGUACUCUGACUUUGAAAUCUUUUGAUGAAGAAAUAACUCUGAAAGUGUUAGACACCAAGAAGCAAGGUGAAAGUGGAGAUAAUCAAUCUUCAGUUGGAAUGAUCCACAUAGUAGGCAAAAGCAAAAGAUCGGAACCAACCCCAAAAAGGGUCUCAAGCAUAAUCUCUCAGGUGGCAACAUCUCAUAUAAAAACUCCAAAGUCCAAUAAAGAAAUCAAGGAAAGAAAGAAAAGGGAACAUCAAGACAAGGAGAUGGAAGUUGAAAGUGACUUGAGGCAAAAAGUGGUCCAUCCUUUAAAUCUAGAUGAGUUCUGGGUUGCGGAAAGGACAAGCAACAUGGUGUGGAAGAGGAAGUAUCCCCCAUAA